UGCGCACUCUAUUUCGCGUGGAAUUUACUGGACAUUUUUGUGUUCUCUCGGCUUCUAAGUUUCUCCAAUUCAUGGCUCAACGACUUUAAAUUUUGAAUCCUUAGUUAUCUUAGUCGGCUUAGUCCUUUCCUUACAUGAGUGGAGAACAAAGCCAAACAAAGCAAUAAAAAGCAUUGAGAAAGCAGAGAACAGUGUUUAAUCUCUCAAUAAGAGAAAAAGUUACACGAAAUCUGGUCUAUUAUAUGACAUCAGUGAUCGUUUUAUGACAUUAGUUUUGAUUCUUGUCUCAUAAAUUGUCUUGCGCCAUCAGAUACAUACAUAUAAUUAUAAUGGACGAGAACGUAUUACAUGUAGAAAUAUGUCAACAUGCUAACAGUACUUUAUCAAAAAUCAUAAUUGAAGAGACAGUAAAUGCAGAAUUACGAUUGUUGGAUGAGAUUUCUCUCGAUGUCAUUAUAUAUGGUAAAGAUGCUACAAAUACAAUCAUAAAAGAUCAUGUUGAAUCUAUGAUAUGCUCAUCUGACUAUGCAGAGAGGGGUACAGUUAAAAUUCAUGGUGCUACCAUUAGGUAUUACAUCUACAGACUGACACAGGAGGAUGCUGCCAUAGAAACAAUGAAAUGUGACUCUGACGAAUUACCAGUUGCAGCUCACUGGUUAUUACCAGCACAAGAAUUUCACUAUAUGUGGGAAAAUCUGUAUUAUGAUUGUGAUAUUAAGAACAAUUUAUUACGUUUCGUGGAGACUACAAUGUUAUUUUCUGAUCGCGCUGUUAAUUCUAACAUUAUAAGCUGGAACAAAGUGAUAUUGUUGCACGGUCCUCCAGGUACAGGCAAAACAAGUAUGUGCAAAGCUCUGGCUCAAAAAGCUGUCAUUCGUAUGGGAGAUCGCUUUACUCAUGGAAAAUUUAUAGAGAUUAAUAGCCAUAGUUUAUUUUCGAAAUGGUUUUCAGAGAGUGGAAAACUUGUUAUGAAGUUGUUCGACGAAAUAAAAAAUUUAGUUCAAGACGACAGGGCACUAAUAUGCAUUCUAAUUGAUGAGAUAGAAUCGUUAGCUCAUGCACGUAAAUUAUGCAGCAAUGGAACCGAACCGUCUGAUUCCAUACGCGUCGUGAACGCACUGCUUACGCAGUUGGAUCAAAUAAAACGAUAUUCGAACGUUUUAAUUUUGACGACAAGCAACAUGACGGAAGCUAUAGAUCUUGCAUUUGUCGAUCGAGCGGAUAUCAAACAGUAUCUCGGAUAUCCAUCCGAAAUCGCUAUUUACAAUAUUUAUCAUUCGUGCCUGAAGGAAUUAAUGAGGACUGGAAUUUUGAAAAAAGAAGAGAUACACGACAUAUCGCAGUUAAAGAUACAUGGAUAUUCAGAAUGUGCAGAUACUAAAAAUAGUCUAAAACUUUUGGAACUGAGUCGCGAGAGUGAAGGCUUAACUGGUCGUACUUUAAGAAAAAUACCUUUUUUGGCGCAUGCUCUUCACACAUCCACAAACAGAACUACAUUAUCCAAAUUUCUAAAAGCCAUGCAUUCAGCUAUUUUGAAACAGGAUCAGCAAGAAGGCGAUUUGCAACAAGCAUGAAAGAAAAGUUAUUCCUCUUCUAUUUAUUCUAAUACUAUUUUAUUCUAUAUAUGCUGUUUUAUAUAUACAAAUAUAUAUGUGUGUGUAUAUAUAUAUAUAUAUAUGUGUGUGUGUGUGUGUAUAUAUAUAUAUAUAAUAUACAUAUAUAUUUAAUAAUACGUUUUGUCUAAUUUAUUUUUGUAUAAUAAAUGUUUGUCACAAAAAGAUACUUAUUUCCUAUUUGAGCCAUUUAUUUCGAAAGUAUAUAAAGUCGGAAUAAUGUUUUGCACUAUUUUCGAAACAAGAGGCUCAUUUGAGAUGCAGAGUUUCUUCUUACAUCGCAUUUUUUGGUCAAAAUAUUAGUGGAGAACUGUAUAUAACAGUUUCCAGUUGUGAGGUCCAGUUUUACACUGAUCUCGCCUCGUCGCGCAACCGCCAUUAAAAUCACUGAGAUGCGACCGCUAUUAAAGUUACGCUUCGUUCCGCUCCGACGACGCGGACUAUACUUUGCACCGGUACGCGAGUUCUUCAUACAAUACUUAUCACGGUAUGCCUGUAUUUCGAAUAGACAGAUUGUUAUUGUAAUCUUACUAUGAUAGAAUACAAUGAACACACGACAUAAUAUAAAAACAAAUAACUUAAAUUUAGGAAAAAAA